AUGGUUAAUAUGAAAAUCUCAGCUCCGGCGAACAGCCCUAACACCGACGGCAUCCACAUACAGCAGUCGUCAGAAGUUACCGUGAUGAACACGCACAUCGGCACCGGAGACGACUUCAUCUCCGCGGGGCCCGACCACCAAAAUUGUCCUACUCAGCCGCCUCCAAACCCUAACAUCGCUCGACUUGUCGAACAACGAUUUUGCCGGUGCCAUCCCGGCGUCACUAUCGCAGCUUCCGGGAGAGGUAGUGGUGGUGGUGAUGGGCAUAGAUGGUGGACGGCGGGGAGAGAUAAUGGUGGUGGGGUCGGGGUGAAGAUAAGUGACGUGGCAUAUGAAGAUAUACGAACAUCAGCUACACAAGUUGUAGUGAAAUUAGACUGCAGUAAAAAGAACCCGUGCAGUGGAAUUACGUUGGAUGGAGAUAAUUUAAGUUACAGAGAUAACCGGGCUACUACUUCUUGUGCCAAUGCUGCCGGGUCGGCCGGGUCGGCUGCUGAUUUCGAUAAGUUUCUAGUGAAUUACAUCAAUAUUAAUGUGCAUUGCUUUAAUGUCAUAGUGAAUUUUACGGUAAUGUCAUAG